AUGCUUCAAAAUGUGAACUCUUUUACUGCUGGUGUUUCUAAUUUCACUCUUGAUGAAUUGAAAAUGAAUACUGGAUUCAAACUUGGUAGCUUCCCAAUAAGAUUCUUUUGGAAAUGGGCUGACAAACCUGCAACUGGUGCUAGAGUAGGUUGGCGGAAAAUCUGCCAUCCCAAAUCAGAGGGAGGCCUUGGUCUUAAGGAUUUAAAAACUUGGAACAAAGCUUGCAUGAUGAGCCUUAUAAAGAACAUACUAGCUGAUGAAGGAUCUUUAUGGGUAGCAUGGAUAAAGAGCUACAUGUUUAGAACUAAUGAUUUUUGUGGUCUUCGGUUUAGGCAUCAUUCAUGGGAUGCUCUCUACGCUUGUGCAACUGCUAACUGGAAGGGAUCUUCCCUCCUCACUUCAAUCAUGAAACUCUCCUCGAAUGCUUUGAUCUACAAAAUCUGGAAAGAAAGAAACAAGAGGAUUUUUCAAUCUCGUGCAUCAACUGUCGAAGCUAUGUUCAGUUCGAUCAAGGAAACUGUUGGAUUCAAACUAAGGGGAAGGCAUAUUAAUCGCUUACACACUGCUAAUAUUUCUCUUUGUAACCAAUGGGGUAUACAAGGAGUUCGUUCUUUAGGCAUCAAUUAUGGUCAAGUUGGCGACAAUUUGCCUCCACCCGACAAGGUUCUUGAUCUUUUGACCUCCCUUAAGCUCACAAAAGCAAGAAUCUACGACACCAAUCCUCAGAUUUUAACAACAUUUGCCAACUCCAACAUUGAACUUAUCGUCACAGUUGAAAACCAAAUGUUACCCGUCAUAGUGGAUCCCCAACAAGCACUUCAAUGGGUUACUACCCAUAUCAAGCCUUAUUUUCCGGCCACCAAGAUCACCGGGAUCGCCGUGGGAAACGAGAUCUUCACCGACGACGAUACGUCGUUACUAGGAUAUCUUGUCCCCGCCAUCGUCAGUAUCCAUGGCGCUUUAGCUCGAAUAGGCCUAGAUAAGUACAUUCAGGUUUCGACACCCAAUUCAUUAGCGGUUCUCGAGGAAUCCUACCCUCCUUCAGCCGGUAGUUUCAAGGGUGAGGUCUCGAGUGCCAUGUCACAGUUUUUGCAGUUUUUGUCCAGCACCGGUUCACCAUUUUGGAUCAAUGCCUACCCGUAUUUUGCUUACAAGGAUUCCCCGAACAAGAUAUCCUUGGACUAUGCUCUUUGCAACAAGAACCCAGGAAUGGUCGACCCUUACACCAAGCUACACUACGACAACAUGUUAUAUGCGCAGGUAGAUGCUGUGGUUUAUGCCAUGUCUAGGUUGGGUUAUGGUGGGAUCGAGGUGAGGGUUUCAGAGACGGGGUGGCCAUCGAAAGGGGAUCCUGAUGAGGUCGGCGCUACCGUCCAGAAUGCGGCUGCUUACAACAGGAAUCUGCUUAGAAGGCAGAUGAGUAAUGAAGGGACACCUUUGAGACCAAAUACGAGGUUGGAAGUGUAUUUGUUUGCUUUGUUCAAUGAAGAUUUGAAGCCCGGUCCGACAUCAGAAAGGAACUACGGUCUCUUUCAACCUGAUGGAACCAUUGCUUACAAUGUGGGCCUCUCUGCUUUGGCAACAUCUUCCUCAACAUCACCAGCUUCCAUUUCUCUUACUUCAUCUGCCACCAAGGCCUCAAAGGUGACAUACCAAAGCUUGAUGAACUGGAUGUUUGUGUGUUGGCUAAUUGUCCAAGUUUUUAUGACAAGACAAUAAACAAAACGGUGACUUCAUCCGCAUGUAAACAUAAACAUUUUGGUAAGGAAAGAAGAAUUGGGUUUUCCUUUUUUAGGUCAUUUGUCAUUCCUGAAAUGAUAAAAGAAAAGACCAUCUGACAAGACCAAAGGUAACCCCAAUUUUUUCACGAGCUAACUCACCAAAUUGAACAACUUUCUACAUAGCCGAUGAU